AUGGUGGGCCAGCGCGCCUUCGAGGCGCUCCACAUGCUCAUUCGAAUGCAGGCCGGCGCCGAGUGCGGCGGCGGCGACGGCGGCGCCGGCGGCGGCGGCGGCGCAGGGAACGGUGGCGCGGGCGACGCGCUGCGGGCGUCGGUGCUGCGGAUAAUACCGGAGUCAAAGCUCGACGUGCUGCCGCUGAUGUUCAGGCUGCUGUACGCGGAGGGGCAGCUAGAGGGCUGA